UGUCAUAACUAUAACUUGACAUUUAUAUUGUCAAGGAAUCGGAUUUAUUUGUGAUUAAGUUGUGACUCAUCUCAGCAAAGUUUUCUUAAUUCCCGAUCUAAAACGUUAAUAUCUUAACGAAGCCAUUCACGGAGACUUAAAAGGCUUCGCCUAUUUUUUUAUACUAGUUUCUAUAAACCGUCAAGCUGGGGAACGAAAUGUCAUCGUCCGCAAUGGAAAAACAUCUAUUUAAUUUAAAAUUUGCGGUCAAAGAAUUAGAACGAAAUUCAAAGAAAUGUGAAAAAGAAGAGAAACUUGAAAAGGAGAAAGCUAAAAAGGCGAUACAGAAGGGUAAUACAGAAGGUGCACGAAUACACGCAGAGAAUGCAAUACGACAAAAAAAUCAGGCCCUGAAUUACCUUCGGAUGUCCGCACGGGUAGAUGCUGUCUCCAGUAGAGUGCAGACCGCUCUUACAACAAGAAAGGUAACAAAUUCUAUGGCCGGUGUGGUUAAAGCAAUGGAUGCUGCAAUGAAAUCUAUGAAUCUUGAGAAGAUAUCCACUCUAAUGGACAAGUUUGAAAGUCAGUUUGAAGAUCUAGAUGUCCAGUCUUCGUACAUGGAGAAUGCUAUGUCACAAACUACCACAAUUACAGUACCACAGGGUGAUGUGGACAAAUUGUUGCAAGAAGUAGCAGAUGAAGCUGGAUUGGAACUGAACAUGGAACUGCCAUCAGGUGUGCCGAGCACAUCGAUAGGCACAACCACAGUGGUGUCGCAGGAACAGGACGAGUUGACACAAAGACUGGCUCGGUUACGACAAACGGAAUAACUUAAAAUGUACAGAAACUUAGUUAUGUUAAGAUUUUUAAAACAUGCUAUAUAUUGUGAUGGUUUAUUGAAGUAUUGAAAGAAAUGUGCGUUAUUUUUUUAUUACCAACUGUCAAAGGAUGUUUUGAAUAAUCUAACCUAGAAUAUAAAAAGCCUAAAUUGCAGAAAAUUAUGGAACUAAAUUCUUGGCGUUCAUUGGGUGAUGUAAUAAAGAAGUCCAUUCAAUGGACUUUGACAUGUUCAUGUUAGGAUUUUUGUAUUUGUGGUUAGGCUAUAUAUUGUUUCCUUUGGCAUAUGUCUGUACUGUAACAUUUUCUCUGUUUUUUUUUUAAAGAGUUUGAUAAAAGUAACACAUUUAUACAGGUGUUUAGACAAUGUUAUUGUCAUAGCAUUAGGCUGGCUUUUAGAUUUGUAAAACAUUGGAAUCAUUUUGAUGUAGAUUUCGUUAUAUCUAAUACUUUGUUCAACUUUUGUAACAAUUAGAAUGGAAUGCAUUGGAAUAACAUUUAACUUGUAAAGAAAGUCUAAAAGAAAAAAACAAUACUUUCUUAAUUAUUCAUCAUCAUCACCAGCUCAC